CGCUGCUCAUUCACGUCGUCGCCCCAAGUCCUCUAAGAACUCGAUAUAAGCCAUGGGAUCGGACGGAAUAAAGUCGCCUCGAUCGGUGAAACGAUCUCGCUCCGAAAUGGAGGAAGAAGACAGCAAAGCCAUAAAGCCUGCUCCAGCUGCAGACGAAGACGACACCUCCUCUGACGACGACUUCGGUCCUGCGCUCCCCUCUGCAGCCCCCAAGAAAAAGAAAAGGAAACUCCCGUAUGAAAAGCUCUACGUCGCCGCCCUACCAACCGCCGGCCGCUAUUUCAAGUCCUUGAUGCACAGAGAUCAGCUAUGCUUUACCACUUUUACCCCUUUCACCGACUUCCUUAUAACGAGCUCCAUCGAUGGCGUAGUCAAGUUCUGGAAGAAGGACUUUGGUGGCGUGGAGUUUGUGAAGGAGUUCAAAGCGCAUACCGGCGAGAUUCGAUCCGUAAGCGUCAGCGCGGAUGGAAGGAAUUUUGCAACGGCGGGGACGGAUUGCACAGUCAAGAUCUUUGAUGUUGUUACCUUCGACCUGCUGUCUAUGCUGAGCUUAGAGUAUACCCCGAAAUGCGUGUGCUGGGUACACGGCCGUGGGAAUUCGCUCCCCCUGCUCGCAGUUUCGGCGGACGAGGAUUCUUGGAUUAGGAUAUAUGAUGGGAGAGGCGAGAAUCAAGAAUCUCUGCAUACGCUGAAGAACGUGCAUAAGGCUCCUGUGGCACUGAUGGCAUAUAACAAUGCGUACGAUUGUGUGGUUUCUACAGACCAGAAUGGAAUGGUGGAGUAUUGGCAGCCAAGUGGGAAUUACGAAAAGCCUGACAACGUCUUUUCCAUGAAGAGUUCCACGAAUUUGUUUGAGUUUAAGAAGUCUAAAAGCGUGCCGUCGUCCCUUACCAUAUCGCCCACAGGCAAGCAAUUCGCGACAUUUUCGUUCCCAGACCGCAAAAUCAGGGUCUUUGACUUCGCUUCAGGAAAGCUGUAUAGAACGUACGACGAAUCCAUCGGGACCAUCACCCAGAUGCAGCAAGCCGGGACCGCUAUCCAGCACCUCGAAGAUAUGGAAUUUGGACGCAGGAUAGGGGUAGAACAGGAACUGGAUCACGCCUUGACUCGACCUCGAAUGAACGUCAUCUUUGAUGAGACAGGCAACUUCAUCCUUUACGGCUCCAUGUUCGGCACAAAGGUCAUCAAUACACUCACUAACCGCGUCGUCAAAGUCUACGGACAGGAGGAAUUAAUACGACCGCUCCAUUUGGCGCUGUAUCAAGGCCAGCCUGAGAAGAAAGGUAUUGUGACUGUGCAAAUGGCAGCUAGUGAGAAUCCACUGCUCCAGGAAGCCGAAGCGCGUGAUGCUAUGCUUGUUUCCACCGGUUCUGGGAAAGUUCGAUUUUACAUGUUCACCAACGACGCCAACGUCGCCAAAUCCGAACGCGACAUCCAAAACGAAAAACCCCGCAACAUUUCUUCCAAACCAACCCAAGAAUCCCAACCUGCCGCUACCGGCACCUCCGCCACCAUCCACACUACCUACGGCGACAUCAGCCUCCGCCUCUUCCCCGAAGCUGCCCCCAAAGCCGUUGAAAACUUCGUCACCCACGCCAAAAACGGCUACUACAACAACAUCAUCUUCCACCGCGUGAUCCGCAAAUUCAUGAUCCAGACAGGCGACCCUUUGGGUGAUGGCACCGGUGGCGAAAGUAUUUGGGGACGUACAUUCGAGGAUGAGUUUUCCACGCUGAAGCAUGAUAAACCGUACACGGUUAGUAUGGCGAAUGCGGGGCCACAUACGAACGGUUCGCAAUUUUUUAUUACGACAGAGAAGACGCCAUGGCUUGACAACAAACAUACCAUUUUUGGACGUGCGGUCCAGGGUCUGGAUGUAGUGCAUAAAAUCGAGAACACGAAGACAUAUAAAGAGAAGCCGGAGGAGGAUAUCAAAAUUAUCAAUAUUUCCAUAUCAUAG